CUCAUCAUGCAUGUACAUGUACUCCUACCAUGGAAAUAAUUAUAUAUCAAUAGUACAGUACAUGUACAGGCCUCCCUGACCAUAGAGUUUCUUCUGCUACCGCUACUUGGGAGGCUGGCUAUAAAUGGCUGGCCAUGACAUAUGCAUGCCUCCCUCUACACAGCACACCACCACUCUCGCUCCCCUCUCCUCGCUGCCAAUCUUUUGGCAAGAACCUCUCUUUCUUUCUUCCACCUCUAGUAGUUAGCAGCUUAUUAGCAUUCCUCCACACCACCAAGGCAGGAAUGGCUAUGCACCAUCUCGCCCAGGGGCACCCCCAGGCGUGGCCGUGGGGGAUGGCCAUGUACACCAACCUGCACUACCACCAGCACCACCACCAGUACGAGAGGGAGCACCUGUUCGAGAAGCCGCUCACGCCCAGCGACGUGGGAAAGCUCAACCGCCUUGUGAUCCCCAAGCAGCACGCGGAGAGGUACUUCCCGCUCGGCGGCAACGGGGCCGGAGACGGCAGCGACAAGGGCCUGCUGCUGGCCUUCGAGGACGAGGCCGGCAAGCCGUGGCGGUUCCGGUACUCGUACUGGACCAGCAGCCAGAGCUACGUGCUCACCAAGGGGUGGAGCCGCUACGUCAAGGAGAAGCGCCUCGACGCCGGCGACGUCGUGCGCUUCGAGCGCGUGCGCGGUGGCCUCGGCACCGGUGACCGCCUCUUCAUCUGCUGCAGGCGUCGGGGCGAGAGCGCGGCACCCACACCGACACCGCCACUGCCCGUGCGCGCUCCGGCACCCGCGCUGAACGCCGCCGGCGAGCAGCAGCCGUGGAGCCCCAUGUGCUACAGCACGUCGGGAUCGUCGUACCCGACCAGCCCCGCCAGCCCCUACGCCUACCACAACGAUACGCCACACGCAGGUGAGGCAGACGCCAAGAGCAGCGGCACCCCUACAGCACCGUCGAGGAAGCUCCGGCUGUUCGGCGUCAACCUCGAUUGCGGCCCGGAGCCGGAGCCGGAGCCGGAGACGCCGACGGCAAUGUACAGCUACAUGCACCAGAGUCCCUACGCAGCAGUGUCCGCCGUUCCCAGUUACUGGGGCAGUUCAUAAGACAGGAGAGGAGGAAGAAGAUCUGAGGCCAUGCUCUGCACAGCAGCCUAACAAGCAGCAAUGAAGAAACUAGCUACCACUAUUACUGUUCUCUACUCUGUCUGUACUGAGCGACAGGUUUGAAUUGACCAGCGGAAUGAAAAGGAGGUGAAAGAGAGAUCCCCUGUUUCCCGGGCAAUCUUCCUUCCAUCACCGCAGACCCCAGACUGGCCCAUUUUCUCCCCCAUGUUGCCUUCCAGAAACCCUACGUGCAGUACGGGGUCCGGCCCGGCCGGGCCCCUUGCGGCCGUAGCAGCAGGUAGCAGUAGCUAGGAGGUUUCAGGAAACAUCAGGUUCAAAAGGAGGGAGCUAGAGAGGCAUGUGAGAGGGAGUGACGGAUGGUGACACACAUGGAAAAAAAAAAGGACAUGCUUGAAAGCAUGUACUGUAUGGCGUGUCAUCUGUGGUAGGAGUAGGACUGUAGAAGUAUGUGAGAUGAGGGUGGGUCCAAGAAUGGACUGUGAUGCAAUGAAGCUGAUGUAUCUAGCUGCUCCUUCAAGGAACAGAGAAAUGUCCUCAUUGGGAUUUUGUUAUUC